AAGAAAAAAAUAAAAAUUUUCUUGUUGGAACUAUAAAAUGUACAAAUUAUCACUCGAUAUAAUUUUAAGCUUAGAAGACUAUUGGCCCUUUACACAUGUGGGCUCCGGGGACAUGCCCCCCUAGCUCCCCCCUUAAUCCGGGCUUGUGGCCCACGUUGCACAAUAUUCACGAUUUGAUACAAUCGGAUUGCCUACUUGUAAGCGGAAGGGUUAGUAUGUUUAAAUUGAUUUUCAUCAGUGACUUCCUACCCUCAACCAUGUUACGAUGUGAAACAAUCCGCCGUUGGUGGAUUGCUCUGUUGGCUAUCGAUUAAUACUAGUUAAUGACCGACUGCUAGACAUUUAAACUUUACUUUCAUUGAUUUUUACGUAUUCAAAACAACACCGCCAAACUAAACCGCCAUCUAAUCAGUGGUACCAACUGGUAAACAUCGUCAUCACCCAUCUUAACAAAAACUAAAUUCGUGAUAAGGUUAAGUUAUAUUGUUUAAAGCCAUGUCCACGAUCUUCACGGCAGUAAGUUACAAGGCCUACUAGUUGAAUAUCAAAAACAUUCCAACAUCGGGACAUAUUUAAGAUUACGUAUCCAAAUUCGUCUCAGUUGCUUCGAUGUAUUAAUUAUCAAUCGUCAAAUUACAAAAUGUCGGACGUUAUACUUUUUCUACAAUCUGAAAUCGGGUCGGAAACAAGAACACGUUUCAUUUACGAUUCUGUUAAGGAAUGCAUGGAAGGGAUCUGUAAGAUCUAUGAAGCACAUCUAAUGCAAUUAAAUCCAAACGUUCAGAUUCCUACAUUUAAGAUGACUCAGCUGUUUGAAUUUAUUGACCAUUUACCAGAUAUUAAAUGUUUUGUGUUUCAAAGAAAUACCAAGACAUAUGCCUCAUUCAAUAAAAACUGGAUAAAAGAAAAGAUACAUGAGGUACUUAAAUGUCAAGCUACUCAACGUCAGUUACCAAAUAUGAAUUAAUUUUUAAUUUUUUUGUUUAUUUGUAUUUUCUAACUUUUUUUUACUUCAAUCCUAUUAUAAUGUUAGUGUUAGUAUACAU